CUAUGUCGAAGCACGUAGAAUGGCGGUGCUCUUAUAUUUGGGGGCGGAAUCGUACCUGGGUUUGCGAGAACGGUACUCUGCAGUAUAAGGCUUCCAAUCAAGGACCCGGCUGUUUAUUCGAUGCAACGCAUACCCCCCGGGGCAGAAUGGCCCCCAACAUAAGACGCGAAUGGAUGGUCCAGUAGCAAGUAUAAAGAUCUGCUGUGUCCCUUUAAGGGACUUACUCGACUCUUCCCUGCAUACUGUAAUCCGUCGGUCUUGGUCUAAUCCUUCACUUUCCAUCUUGUUCGUCUUCUAAAUAAACAUUCGCAUAUCACCACGAUACGAGCGAUGCCUGUACCAUGGGAAUUUGAAGAGGCUGUAUGCCCUGAGGACAAGAUACCUGCAGCUUCGAGUCGGUUGUCAUUGACCGAGGACGGUGAUGCCGAAACUGUGGCUGGGGAGACAGAAGAGAUGGACAAUGAUAAUGUAUCCAUCUUGUCCAGGAUGUCUUAUCCAGACUCCCUCGGGCGAAAAGAUCUCCUCGUCCCUAGCAACGAACCAUCAAAGAUAGUUUACGAGGCAUGGGAGGUCGUCAAAGGUGAAGACGCCAUGGUUGGAGCUUCUCGGACAAUUUGUGGGAUCAAAAUUGGCGUCAAGUGGGAGUCUUUGGGUAAUGGAUUUACCGAGCUCAAUCCCCAAAAUGGUUAUGGCCAGAAAGAGCUCGCCGAUUUACACCGGGACGCUAUUCAAGAAUAUGAAGCCAGAGGCCCGAAGAAUAGAAAACCAUACGCUCAAGAUCUGGCGAACCGAGUCUCUGGUUUGAAAGCGGAGGUAUAUGACAAAAUUCAGCUUCUUGUGGAAGAUAAAAUCAAGGCGACGAACGGAACGCCAUUCCGCCGUCGUGAAUGGCGGAUUGUAGUACUAGAGGAAGGCGAAUUUCAGAUGACAGAACUCUUUCCUGAGCGUAAGAAGGGAAUUUUCCGGAAGCACCGACAGGCACCUGCGGUACGCAGAUUCUUCAUUGUGCUCCGUGGCGAGGAAGUAAAGAUAACGAAGGAGAAGGAGGGCUGGGGGCAGUUCACCCGUCACACCAACCCGUGGUGUAGAGUUGAUAUGCAAGAGACUCGGGAAGCACGCAGGGACCAUCGAGGUCACUUGGAAAAGAUGGGUCGAAUUCUUGAGGCGAGACGGAGCUCUGUUAUUCGUAAUGAGAUGAAGGCAGAAAGAAUAAUUAAUUAGGUAUAUGGUCGGAGCACCUAGACCUGUAGGCUAGGCUUACUUGCAUGUAAGGAUGCCGUAGGGCGAUAAAUGGUACGCUGUCAGCCUUGGCGGAUUGGAUUUUUAUGUUUUAUGUUUGGGAUAUGGCAGUAUGAAUGGAUGAGAAGCGUU